AUGAUCGGAGCUCGAUAUUACUCCAUGACUUCAGAAAGGGAUGUCGAUGGCCAUGGGAGCCACACAGCUUCGACUAUUGCAGGGAGUGUUGUUCCAAACGCGAGCUUCUACAAGCUGGCGAGCUGGGCGGCAAGAUGA